AUGCAUCGCAGAUGUUUGGGACUUGCCCUGAUGGCAAGCGUGGGCUGCAAAGCCGCUUGCCAGACUGGGCCGACGAUGGUCCAUAGCUUCGAAGACAUCACAUCCUCCACCAACAUAACUUGGACGCCAUGCUUUGACAACUUCCUAUGCACAAAGUUGCAAGUGCCUCUAGACUACGCCAACACCAGCCUUGGAACCACCGACGUGGCCUUCGUCAAGCUGCCUGGCAAGAAUGCCACCGCCGACACUCCCAACAUUGUCUUCAUCAUGGGCGGCCCGGGAGGCUCUGGCAUCGACAUGCUCGUCUCCGACCCCGACCGCCCGAGGGCCAUCUUUGGCGAGCAAUACAACAUCGUCUCCUUCGAUCCUCGCGGUAUCAACAACAGCGGCCAGACGCUCGAUUGCUUCUCCGGCAACGACGCCGCCCGCGAGACCUUCAUCGGCCUGCACAGCACCGGCACCACAAACACCUCGACCGAGUCCUUGCAGGAACAGUUCUACUCGAGCCCCAUCUACGCCGACUCGUGCGAGGCCGCCAUGGUCACGGCCAACUCGCCACACGCAUACUACGUCACAACGCCGGCCGUGGCCCGCGACCUGCUCGCCUACACGGAAGCCGAGGUCACCGCCUGCGGCCAGAACCCGCAGGACGCCAAGCUGUGGGCAUAUGCCGUAAGCUACGGCACCGUCACGGGCGCCACCUUUGCGACCCUAUUCCCGGAGCGCGUCGGGCGGCUCGUGCUCGACGGCGUCAUGAACGCGGAGCAGUACUACGAUAACGUCUGGCUCGACAGCAUGGACCAGACGGAUGCCGCGGUCGAGUACUUUGCCGAGACGUGUCACGCCGCCGGGGCCGACGUGUGUCCCUUCUGGGGCCCUUCGGCCGAGGAUAUCCUGGGCAGGCUGGACAGGCUGAUCGAGCAGCUCAGAGACCACCCCGUCCCCAUCAGCGGAGUCCAGGAGGGCCAGCUGCCAACCAUGGUGACCUACGCAGACAUCAAGGCGCUCCUAUUCGCCGCGGUAUACACACCGCCCGAAUCGUUCCCCGGGAUGGCCGAGACGCUGUUCCAGGUGGAGAGCGGGAACGCGUCUGCGCUCGCGGGGACAUAUGCCGGGCUGGCGGCGGGCAAGACGGACCCGGGCCGCCAGAUCCAGUGCGCCGACGCGGCGCGGCGCAACAAGAUGGCCACAAUCGAGCAGUUUGCGCAGUACGUCGAGGCCACCACCUCCAGGAGCAGGUACGUCGGCGACGUAUGGCCCAUGGCACUCGACGGCGUGCUGUGCAGUGCGCUGAGGCCGGAGCUCCCGGAAAGCAUGUUGAUGCAAGAACCUAUCGGCGCGUUCGAGAAACCCACGGCCUUCCCGAUCAUGGUCGCGAGCAACACUGUCGAUCCUCUGACGCCCUUGAAUGUGGCCAAAACGACCUCUGCUCUUUUCAAGGACGCUGUCCUCGUGCAGCAGCAAGGCGUUGGUCAUACCGUUGUUGGCCUCUCCGGAUCGACGUGCUACUUCACCCACCUGCAGAUGUACUUUGCGGGCAUUGUUCCGCCGGCGAACGUGACGUGCCCGCAAGAGCAUAUCCCGUUCAAGCAGUGAAGAUAGGUGGAACACGGAGAAUGAGGCAUACAUAAGUGGUUGUUUGCAAUGGGGACACGGCUUGCAGGUGGUGUAGAUCAUCUUGAUGGCUUGGUUAGUGCUGUUCUUCGUCACUGCGGUACGAGGCAAAUAGCUGCCUGUCAAUAUCUACUACUACUAUACUUGACAAAGAGACCUG